AUGAACAGAAACCUACAUAGCAGUCCACCGAGGAUCCGUGAGCCAUAUAGUCCAUAUGAUGACACCUCCAUCGACACUUCCUUCGAGGAGGACUAUCAACUACAUUCUGAAGGUUCGGUCGUGAACGCCAUAAUUGACAGGAGACGCAUAUCUAGGUCCCAAAACCACAAUCCACUGUUAUCGUCCCCCACAGCGCGGUCCAUAGCCAUGAAUAAUCACGCCAAGAGAGCAAGAAACAGGCUGAGGGAUAACAGACUCGUGAAGCAGCGCGGCGAUAUGGAACAUUACGUUUUAGAGACAGAACGUCGUCUUUCUCUCAAACGGCUUAAUAAGGAAGCUGAUAAAUACGCUGUGAAGCAGGAAGAAAUCAACAGUAUUCUAGAUGCACUUGAAACACAGCUUCCGUCGUCACAUGAUGAUACCCACCAAGACAGCUCUUCCGGGUCAACCGCUAGCGCACAUUCUUCCGCCGGAGUCAAUCACGAUUCUGAAGACGACGAUGCAGAACUCAUACGUAUUCUAGAGCAACGCGAGGAGUAUGAACGUUGGGUUGCCGAGGAACACCGUGAGAUGGAAGAGAUGCUGGAAGCCUUUAACAUUAACUAA